AUGAGCCAGGAAAAGCGUCAAAGAUCGGUAAAUUUUACAAAUGAGGAAAAAAUUAAUUUAUUGUACAUAAUUAGGAAGUAUAAGAACAUUAUCGAAAAUAAAGAGACAGGUGGGGUUACUUGGAAGAACAAGGAAGAAGCGUGGAAAAAUGUUGAACGGGAAUUCAGCAGUACCUCAUCCACGCCAAGGUUAGUAGAAGUCCUGAAACGCUUCUACAAUAAUAAAAAGAAGGAAACACGGAAACAGGCUUCACUGCAAAAAGUUGAAUUUAACAGAACUGGUGGUGGAAUGCCGAUUGUAGAGGUUAAAGAUGAUCCAGUUUUUAAUCUGACGCUGGACAUCAUUAAUAAAAAAACAGUGUUUGGGUUGCACAACAAAUUUGAUGAUGAUGCUGAAUCAGAUGUAGAACAAGUGCAGCCAAAUGCUGUAAAUCAUGAACAAUCAGUAAUUGCUAAUUUAGCAAAUAAUGAUGGAAUUAUUAUUUUUCCAAUGGAUGAUGAUAAAAUGGAAGAUAAUUUUGUGGAGGAACCUCCAGCAAAAUUAUUGAUAUGUACACCAUCAUCAUCAGGAAGGACAGUUGGUGGUUCUUCAUGUACACCAUCAUCAUCAGGAAGGAUAGUGGGUGGUUCUUCAUCACCAUUAUCUACAGUGGCUAGUUCAUCAACAGCAGGAAGGGCUGCGAUUAAUAUUAAAAGUGGUGAUGGAAAGCGCAAACAUAAGUCACAUUUUUCUAAAGGGGAAAAUGUGGCUUUAAAAUAUGAAGAAGUUGCAGACAUAAAAAAAUCAGUUUUUGAUAUGCAGUUAAGCAUAUUGACUGCAUGUAAAGAAGAUUUGGACGAAAAGAGGGAAUACGAAAGAAACCAUAGAAAACUGAGGGAAUUCCGGGAGCAAGAAGAACACGAGUUAAAGAAAAAAGCUUUAAAUCUAGACAUUGAAAUUAAAGAAGCCCAGGUAUGA